AUGUCCAGCAGUCCAGCUUCCCAACGAUCAAGCAUGUCGAUAGCACCACCAGCACCUCGAAGGAAGCGAAAACAGGCAGCUUCGAACUCAAAGAAUACACCGGCAAAUCAUUCGGAUGACCCAGCUAAGAAAGCUAAAGUAUUGGAGAAUCAAGGCGAAUCUGAAGACGCUGAUUACGCUCCUGUCACGGAAUACUUUGGGCCACCGGAACACAAACCAGAUGAGGAACGCAAGGAUUUCCUGGGUGUAUUUCCAUUUUCAGGUACUCUGCCAGUUAUUGCUGAGGAAGACGAAGAGGAUCACACCUUGUCAACCACUAUUGUUAUAGAUGCCAAUUUGGACGACGACCCUGCGCCUGAAGAAAUCAAUACCAAUCAUGAUUCCGAAGCUGAAUUUUUUGUCAACGGUGAACCCGACUGUGAUGAAGAAACCAAAACUGAGGAGCCCGAAGUUGAAGCCACAGUUGACACUACUUUGGAAAAUACAACCUCGAGCAAGUACCACACGACUGCUUCACGGAAGCACGCAAACCGGUUGAAUGCAUUGAUCAGUAAGGCCAAUUUCAUAUCUCGUCGAGUGGCUCGUUCAGCGGCAUGGAGGAGACAUUUCUCGAGGAUUGCAAAAAGCAUGAAUUUGAAGAUCCUUCCUUUAACACCUGGUUACAAUGCGACUCGGUGGAAUGCGGAGUUUGAUUCUCUCAACCGGUUGGUCCAAGCGCGUAAAGUUGUCAAAAAACUUCUUGCCGAUGACCUUGCACUUCUCAAGUCAAAGAAACGACACAAGGGUAGCACGAAGCCCCGUGGGUACUUUCACGAGAUAUUUUUCACCCCAGAUGACUGGAGUGCGCUGGAGGACUUGACCAAUGAGCUAUCAGUAAGUGAUUAUGUUUCUUAA